AUCGAACUUGUCAUUGCUUGUUACACUGCGCGUGACGUUCUAUUGCAUUUAACGUUUGUUAGUAGUGUGUAAGAUAUUGCAACGUAUUCAUUUGCACAAACAUUUGCGAGGUUGGGCGGUCAACAUGGUUCGUGUCAUGCAAACGUGGAUAACAAACUGCGCUUGUCUUUUUGCCAUUGCGUUAUUUUUCUUGCCGGAUGCCGGUCAUUGUUUACACGACGAAAAAAAUGUUACAGCCAUUUCACCGACGCCAAUAGUGUUGUGGCAUGGAAUGGGUGAUAGCUGCUGUUUCUCAUUCAGCCUUGGAAAAAUACAGCAAAUUCUUCAGAAUGAAAUACCAAACGUCUAUGUAAAUUCCAUACGUAUUGGAGAUGAUGUUAUACAGGAUGUGGAAAACAGUUACUUAGGUAAUAUCAAUGAGCAAAUAAAACAGGUGUGUGAACAACUGCAACAAGACUCAAGGUUACAACAGGGAUACAAUGCUAUUGGUUUUUCUCAAGGAGCUCAAUUUCUGAGAGCAAUAGCUCAAAGAUGUCCUGAUCCACCAAUGCAAAAUUUAAUAUCUCUGGGUGGUCAACAUCAAGGUGUUUAUGGUUUGCCAAGGUGUUCAAAUACAUCUGUAUUGUGCAGAUAUAUGCGGCGUAUGCUUUAUCACGGUGCAUACUUAUGGUUUAUUCAAGAGUCGUUAGUGCAAGCUGCCUUCUGGCAUGAUCCUCUGAAUAUAGAAGAAUAUAAAAAGAAAAAUAUAUUCCUUUCCGAUAUCAAUAAUGAAAAUGGUAUCAACGAAUAUUAUAAGAGUAAUCUUCAAAAGCUUCACAAUUUGGUUCUCGUGAAAUUCGCGAAUGAUACAAUGGUGGAACCAGUAGAAACCGAAUGGUUCGGAUUCUAUAAACCUGGUGAAGCAAAGGAAGUACAGAGCUUGCAAGAAAGCGAAUUGUAUCAAGAAGACCGGCUUGGAUUACGUGCGAUGGACAUGUCUGGCAAACUCCAUUUUCUUUUAGUACCCGGUGAACACUUGCAAUUUACAGACGUCUGGUUUACUGAAAAUAUAAUUAAAAAGUUUUUAAUUGAAAGUUUUUAUAAUUGACGAAAUAUCCUGAAACAUUCCCUUGUCUAAGUAAGUGUAAAGAUUUUGAAAUUAAUACACAUACAUACGUAUAUAAACAAAAUAAAUAGAAAUACGAGAAAUAUAUAAGUAAAAUUGAUAUGUGAUAUCGAAUAAAAUUUAACUGCUA